AUGACUUUAGUACAGGCUAAGGUCCAAUUGGUCACCCGCCUGUGGCUGGCGGUGGUGAUCCUUUCGCUGGUUCCCGGUGUCCGUGGACAAUCGGCAAACAAUGAAGUGCCGCCCCCAGUGUACGGCAGUGAAACGGUCCGGCAGCUUGCCGCCAGUGUUAAUACGAAACGGUUAGCGAACGUGCUGGUGGAUGAGUUUAUUAGCUUCUACGCCAAACCGCAGGACAUUUUCGACGGGCAGGGUAAUCCGAUCAGUGAAACUAGCUUCCUUAUGGCACAAAGUCUCGGCGGUGCGAACCUGAAGGUGAUAGCCGACUCGACGCAACUUCAUCUGCAAACGCAUGAUGGCGAGAGUGUGAUCGGCAAACCGGACGAUAUGGAGCUGGUGCAGAUCAGUGGCAGUGCAUGGCAAGCGUUCUACGAAUGGGCACGGCGAGCCAAGCUGGUACCGGUGUUUGUACUAGAUUACCCGAACGACGGUGAACGGUGGGACGCUGCGAAUGCGCUUCGCAUUUUAACCGUCGCCAAUACGCUCGGAAUCGGCGAAUGUCGUUGGCAGUUGGGAAAUGGACUCGUUAAGGACGCUCCUAAGUAUGCGGAUGAUUUGCGGACGUUCCGCACCAUGCUGCAGGCAUUCCCGGCGCAACAGUGGACAGUUGUGGCAUCAGAAUUGCGUCCUCAGUUCGUCCCAAUGGAAGAGAUUCAAUACUUUCACGCGAAUGCCGAUAGUCUUGUGGAGGCCAUCACCAUGACGAGGCCCCAGUGCGAUAGUGCGUCAUGGAAUUACACUUCGCUCCAGAGAGAAAUUCAUUUGCGCGGACUUUCCAAACAACGACUUCCGAUCUGGCUGGAUCUUGCCGGGGAACAGCGAACCGAACCUGAUACGUCUGCCGUGGCUUGUUGUAAAUCGUGCGUCCAGAACGGAUUGGAUUAUGCACGCACACUCGGUGAAGCUGCCCGUGGUGGCAUUAGUGCGGUAUUUCAGCCUCUUCUACGGUACGACAUUCAGCAGUACACCUUCAACUACUUAGUCGGUCUGCUGUAUAAGCAAACCGUAGGACAUAAGGUCUUUCCGGUCCAGUUCAGCAUGGAUCCUUCCGGCACGGACACUGACCACAUGUCGGUGUACGCUUACUGUACGCGCAAUCGCACCGGUUCGCUAACGCUCGUGGUGGUGAACGGUGAGCAGGAUGGCGCAACUAAUGUCACGAUCAAACUGAUGACCCGCUCACUGUCAUCUCCGGUCGAGCUGUAUUUACUGACCGUACAGGAUGGGCAACCGAUGGUGAAUAAUCGACCGUUGCAAGUGGGCACGACCCUCGCUCAACCCGAACCAGUACGAGCGGUCACGACGUUAGCGCAGGGUGUUAGCUUCUACGUACCAGCGGAAGCAAUACUGUUCGCCGUAGUGCCGGGUGUGCAGAUACGCGAAUGCCGCAAUGAUGUGUUACCGCACCGGAAGAAGCUUCCCCGCGAGCUUCAGCACGAUCGCACCUCAGCUGAUAUGCUGCUCGAGCAUUUGAUCGGUGAGCUGGUGGAAAAGGCAUCAACCACAGCUGUCCAGCGCAAAAGACGGUCGCUGCUGAUGAGCGAUAGACCGGCACGGGCCAUCUUCGGUGGUGAGAAGCGAAAACGCUUUCACGGUCGUUACGCUAAUGCACCACAAGAUGAUAGCCUUACGGAAAGCCUCUCGCAGGUUCUCGCGGAAGCGCAACCGACAGUGGAAACGACGGAAAGGACCGCGCGAGGUCCCCGUCAGACGCAAGCCUACAAACGACAGCAGCGCCGCAUGCGGAAGAAGGAAAAGCGGUUGGAGAAGCGCAAUUUGAAGAAAAUGAAGCACCCUCUGCGGGAGGCACGGCGGGAACGAUCGAAACGGGGCGAUAUGAUGCUGAUGGAUCGUCGGUCGGCUUUGAACCAUCCGAACCGUCGGCUUCACGAUCGUUUGCUGAAGCGCAUGUCGGCCAAGUUGGCCAGCCGUAAAACGAAACGAUCCUCGCUGGCGGAAGCUGUCAAUGAGCCACCGAACUUUGCCGGCAGUGACGAGGAGGAUGAGGAACAACAGCGGUCGGACUUUCCGCUUGGUGAUGUGCAUCUGGUGAUCUCGAAGGGAAGCAGCAGCAGUGAUGAUGAGGUAUCGGGCGAUAAGUAUUCGGAACAGCCAGCGGAACGGUCGGACGAGUACCGUAUGCCAAGUUGGGGCGUUUCGCGCCAUCGACCAGCAGUUCGUCGAAGAGUCUCGAUCAAUCAGCGCGAUUUUCAUCGCUUUGCACCGGCUCGGGAGCGUAGACCGGUCGAGACGAGUGAGGACGAAGAUUGUGGACGGCGACGGACGCUCCGUAGGGGACCAAAGAUGGAGGAGAUGCGUGAAACGAGACGUAUCGAUCGGUUUAUGCCUAUCCGGAAAGAACAAUCGGAAGAGAUGCAACGUUUCGACACACAACCCGUUCAGCAAGAAAUCGACAGCAGCGAAGCAUUCACGAUUGCACAGAUGAACCCCGAACGAUUGGAAUCACAAACGAACGAGCAAAUGGCUAUGGAGAUGGAGGAGAACUCUCCCGAAGACACUGCAACCAUUUCCGAUGAAACUCCGGAGGAAACGUCUGACCGUACAAUGGUAGCUUCGGAGGAGGAAAUUCAACUUUUCACACCGGCACCCCGGACUAGUGAGGAGCGUCAGAUUAUUCCACGGCUUGAACCAACCUGGUCGCUAGAAUCAACAUCCGCUGAGGUCGCUGAGUUGUUGCCCAAUCGAUACAAACGCUCUUUCCCUACGGCUGACGCCGAACAACCGCCCUCUAUCGAGUCCGAGGAGGUGCAACGGUUGGAGGACUUUUUCCGCACCAAUGCGAAGCUGCAGCAAAAGUUUGCCGAAAUGUUUGACCUUCUGUUGGAGGCAAUUGAGGAACUAGAAGCGGAAGAUAACGAUGCCCGGGAGGUAAGCGAUGAUGAGGGUGAUGUGCGGCUGGAGGAGAGUGCGAACGCUGAACCGUCGCGUAAACGUACGAAGCGAAACGUUCUACUUCAUCCACAGUCCUGGGAAUCCCGGGAACGGUCGAACAUGAUACACCGGUUGCAGCAAUCCGAUGAAUCUUCGUACGAAAAUCUUAUCCUACCGGAACAGGCACGCAUGCCAAGGCAGCAGCAGGAGGAACCCGUCGCUACUGGACAGUCAGCGCACAGAGAGCCACAGCCCGAAAAUGAUGAUGACGAUGAGGGAAAGCCUGGUGCUUUUAUGCUGCGAUCAGUCGUGAACUUUAUGCGCAGAGCGUCCAGCGAGUUUCAUCAACUGUUUUCCAGUUGGUUUGGAAAGAACGCGUGA